GAAAGAACUAAACGGUGGGACCGGGCGUGUGAUGAACAUCCGAUCGCCUGCACGUGUGAGAUGGCGGUUGACCGCAGAGCAGGGACCUUCGCGCAGAGUGUUUCUUGCGCUGAUUCUCCUCGUGGUGGGCCACUGCGUCGCGACCUUUCUAGGUCCUGGCUCUGGUGCACGCGCCGUUGAAUCUGGAGCCAUGUUUGACAUGAUUCAUUCUGGCAACCCUCGAGUCCUUUGCUCGGCUGUGGAGGCCAAGCCGAGAGUCGGCUCCGAUGCAAAGGAGAGCACACGUACGUUCCGUGAUGCUACUGUGCAGUCAUUUGUCGACGGUCAGUUCAUUGAGCAGGUGCUCCAAGCAAGCAACACGCCAGAGGUGCUCUCCCUGCUUCGUGCACACAGGGCUGACUUGCGGCUAGCAGAGACGACAAUGGUCCUUGAGCGGCUUCUGGAGUUGUCUACAGACUCUGAGUUGCAGGUGCUUUUGGAAGAGGAGAUUCUCAAAGAACUCCUUGAAUCUCAGGUGCAUGCUCUGAAUGAGUCCCCACUUCGUGUCGAGCUGACAGUUGCAUUGGCAUCUUUGGGAGACACGCUCAUCGGCCGUGGGCUUCCACAAGGCCAAGCGCUGCUGGAAGCCGGGUUGGGUGGCCUGAGGUUGAGGGAGAUGAAGCUCUCUGAACUGAAGAUGGUCUUGAGCUCAUUGGCAGGUGUUGAGGAGCUGCGACGGGAAGCUUUGGACACCAUGGCAGAACUGGUGCAUCGCAUGGGCCCGGACAUCAUGGUUUUGGUCUUAGAGGUCCUGGCAACUUACCAGGACUUGCCGCCGGACCACGACUUGAUCAACGACAUCAUUUCCAGGGCCAUACAGAAGGACUUCCGCUUCACGCCGCAACAACGGCCAGGGAUCCUGGUAGAGGAAGAGCACGGGGGCAACAAGAUCUGCUCGGAUUGCUUGGAUGUUUCACUGUGA